AUGGUGCAAAAUGAAGUUUAUCUUGACUAGCAAAGAAGGCAAAGGACAGAAGUGCGCAGUUCCGGCGAUAUCAGAAAACGGAUACGGUUCAACUCCGACCCGUACGACCAUUAAAUGACGUCGUUUCAUCCUAAUAACCACUAAAACGACCCCACUUAGCAGCUCCGAAUUCCCAAUUCAAAAAGGAAAGAGCAUCUUUUAUUCUCUCGCCUGCAAACACGCACACUCAGCUCUCUUCUCUCCGGCGAAGAGAGGGGAGAGAGUGAAAGUAAGAUUUCGAGAGAGAGAGAGAGAGAGCGUGAGCUUAAGGAAGCUGAAGCUCUUCAUCGCCGGUAGCCUCUCUCCGGUUUGUGUUGAAAUUCAGUUGUGCUUCUUUCCCCGAUCUACUAGCUCGAUUCUCGAUAAUCGUUUAAUUUAUUGCCAGCUCGCAAUUUGGUCGGUAAUUGUGAAGAUCGAAAAUUGAAUUUACUUUGGGAAUUCAUACACCGGCGAUUUAGUUGGUAGAACUGUAGAAGCUUCUUGGCCAAGAUUUCCCGAUCAAGCAUCAUGGCUUCGAAAAUCACUUCUUUGCAGGCAUCUUCCUUUUGUGCCUGCCUAAGUGAUUGGCUAAUUUUUCUACCUAUCCGUUUCCAUUAUCUUGUUAAUUGGCACAAUAGAGGCGUUUAAAAUUUGAAAGUUUUGAUAUGAACUUUCCAUUUGUCUACUCACAACUUGAUCGACCAUCAGGAGAACAAUGAAAAGACACUUAGAGGAUGGACUUCUAAACUAGUUCUACUGUUAAAGAUGGACCACAAUCACUUGACGAUAAAAACCUUUAUGGCCAUCACGGCCGACAGAGAUGCUGCCAUCCGAGAAAAGAACAUGGCAUUGGAGGAGAGGAAGAGGGCUUUUCAAGAGCGUGAUAUGGCAAUGUUACAGAGGGAUGCUGCAAUUGCUGAAAGAAACGCUGCCAUACAAGAACGGGAUGAAGCGAUUGCUUCUCUUCGAUAUCGAGAGAGCUCAAUGAACGACAACACAGAUAUCCCUGAUUCAUAUGGAAGUGAGCUUGCAAGUGGGGGAAAACAUAUCAUCCAGUACCAGCAACAACAGCAAAUGCGUGUUUCUGAAGCUGCUGGAUAUAGUCCUAAAGGAAACUUACGAGGCAAUGAAAUUGUUAUUGCAGAGACUGCCGAAACCCCCAAGCCUCGGAGAGGGAGGCAGACGAAAGACAAAGAAGGAAAAGCGACAAAAUCAGCCAAGCCUCCGAGAGCAGGCAAAAGAACUGCUGAAGCAGUGGUAAAAGAGGAGGUAAAUUCUGAUGCGUACAAUGGUUGGAGUAACGAGCAGGGUUUGGACAGUGAGGAGGAGUACCUAGAUAAGCAAGUCUCGUGGAAGGAUAAUCUGGGUUUAAACCAAAUCAAUUUCGAUGAAUCAGCCAUGCCAGUCCCUGUUUGCUCGUGCACAGGCGCACCACAGCCAUGCUACAGAUGGGGGAACGGCGGCUGGCAAUCCGCGUGCUGUACAACUACGAUCUCAAUGUAUCCGCUGCCUCAGGUAGCGAACAAACGCUACUCCAGAGUUGGGGGGAGAAAGAUGAGUGGGAGUGCGUUCAACAAGCUGCUCAAUCGACUCGCUGGAGAGGGGUAUGACUUCUCCUCUCCCCUCGAUCUCAAAGACCACUGGGCGAAGCAUGGCACGAACCGUUACAGCACUCUUAAGUAGAUGAUGCUAUGCUCUGUUGUUGUAUUCCAUCCCCUAGAUUUUUAUUCUCUCUUUAUAAAUGCCAUUGUAAUUGCGUUGAUUGGAUUCGUAAUCUAAUAUACAAUCUGUUAUAUACUGCUUAUUGGAUCGAAAUAUGGCAUUGCUUUAAAAUUAAA